AGUGUUUCAUUUUAUUUUUUGUCUAUUAUCUGAUGAUGUUUGAGUCGAGGCAUACUCAUGAAGAAUGGAAGAUUCGACGUUGAUGUGUUGAUAUCACAUUUCAACAGCGUGAUAUCAACAGCCUCACAACCCCGAAGCGUCACCGGAAAGUGACACGAUGCGACAAUGACUCUCCGAGCGACCCCCACUUCCAGAGUUUCCUUCUACAUAAAUUGUCAAAGUAAUUCCCGGGAUGCAUCGCGUCCAGACAAAAGUACAAUACAACGUUUCCUCUGCGCGCACGAUACGCCCUCCCACCGUCGAACCCCUCGAAACCCCCCCUCUACAGCCCUUCCACGCACGCAUGCACACCUCGCGCUCGCUAAUCAGAAAUGGCGGGCGAUCCCUGGAACGCCUCGUUCGUUCGGUUGCGAUUAACCCUGUUCCCCCACCGUCGGCUGCGAAACGAGGGCCCCGACAACGCCAUGUAACGCUCCCGAGGCGGCAUGGGCGCAGGUUCGCUUACAGACGCGACUCGCAGCAAUUGGACGCCGUGUUUCUGGACGGGGAAUGCGCGGCGUUGUUGACGAGGCCGAUGCUCGAUGCGAGGUUCAAGGUGCGAGGGUGCUUGUCAAUGACGCCUCGGGUCUUUUUCUUCUGGCUCUGCCACGUUGGGAUCGACUUGCGAAUUGCGGUUUUGCCACCAUUCGGAUGUAAACCCUUGGGUGUAAACCUCGGAUGUACAAUUCUCCAACCGAGGCCUGAUUUGGACUCCAUUUCGCCGCCAAGAUCCAACGGCGCUUGUCAUGACUUGUCAUGGGACCAACAGAGACUCGGCCGCCCCAUGCAAGAUCUGCAUGCCACGCUGCCUAGGUCGCUAGACGAUGAAAGGAAACGGUUUCCGCACUAAAUUCUUCCACCGAUAUUUCGGAAUUCGCAUCUUGCAGUCUAGGGAUUGAUUACAUGACGACUCGUGCAC